AUGCCUCUCCGUCCACCCCCGGGUGCACCCCCGGGUGCACCCCCGGGUCCACCCCCGGGUGCACCCGAGUCGCUUCCGCCGGUCGGUGACGAUGAACUCAGAGAGAACGGACUCCUUUCGCUUGACGAUGCCGAAGAAGACUUCAAAACCGGGCUGGCGUUCAUGGCGGCCAUACGGAGUCUCGAACCCGAAAUGAUCUUUAGGCUCACCGGUUCCUGGCGUGAACUCGUCUUGGACUGCACUUAUCAAGGAAAAAACUGCACGGAUGAGAAGUAUUUCAUCCGGACGGUGGCGUCCGGAUAUGGAAUCUGCUACACGUUCAACAGCAACUUCAACACCAACGAUUCCAAGGCCGGGAAGAGAAUCUCGAGUCUCACGGGAAGUGACUACGGCCUGUCGCUGGAACUGUACCUGGACCAAGACGAUUACAUGUCGAACGUGGUAUCCGAGAGUGCCGGGGUCCGCGUGGUCGUCCACGACAACGACCAACUCCCGAUUCCGGACGAGCAGGGAUUCUACUUGCGACCGAACACCCAUACGACCAUGGCUCUCACGAAGGUGAAUAUCACUCGGUUGCCGGAGCCGUACCAGUCCAGGUGCUUCUCCUCGUGGAAACAGACGUCUUUCGUGCCUCUUUAUCGAUUCGACGAGACGAUCCCGAUCGGAUACAAUGUUGUA